UUCUCCAUCAGAUUCAGACCAUUUCCAGACGCGGCAUUCUGAAACGUUCACCCAGCAGCAAAUUAAAACUUCUUCCCUUGUUUGAUCAGCCAUGAACACCGCCAUUUCCACACCCACCACGGCGGGAUGCAAGGUUGCUAGCUACGGCGCCAGGCAUGGUAGGAGGAGUAGCCACUGUCGCUCCAACGUGAAGGCGGCGGCGGCAGCAACGGCGAGCAGGAGUACCGAGUCUACCGACUACUACAAGUUGCUGUCGCUGGAGCACUCGUCGGACGUCGGCGCCGAUGAUGUCAAGCGAGCGUACCGGCGGCUGGCUCUGCAAUACCACCCGGACGUCUGCCCACCGUCGCGCCGUGCCGAGUCCACGGAGCUCUUCGUCGAGAUCCGCCGCGCCUACGAGACGCUGUCCGACCCUAUCACAAGGGUACGAUACGAUGCCGAGCUUAGGACGGGCUACACGGCGGCGAGGCCAGCGGCGGAUGGGUUCCCGAGGGACGUCUGGGAGGCGCAGCUGGGUCUGCUGCGAGCGCGGUCGGAACGACGGCAGAACGCGAGGAGGAGGUGCAGCGGCAACCGGCUCUAGGCAUAUGUUCAUACUUUAUGUUUUUAUGUUGUGUAAAAGUUUAUUAAAAAAACACAGAUAUGUAAAUUUUUUACUCCUCGAUUUUUUUUUUUAAAAAAAACACUUAUGGAGUAGCUUGUUUGUUUCCUCC